AUGGGAGGCCUCGACGAUUUGCUUGUAAUCCCCGCCGUACCAGAAAGUCGAGACCUGCAGUGCGAAUACGGAACCGACAGUGAUACCGAGCACAAUUUCGGUUCUGUAAAAGGAAGAAGACAGAUGAAACAAAAAGAGAGAUCUGGGGCACUGAUGACCCCCUUCACUGAUGGAAAAAAUGCUGAUGACGACCCUGGAAACUUACAGAGCUCCAGCAUGAGUGAGGCUGUCGUUCAGGAUCUGGACGUCAUGCAAUCUGAACUUCACCACACGGAAACAGAUUGGUCUGAAUUCAUGUUUGGAUCUCCACAAGACAUAUUGUCAACUCCUACGAACACUAGAGAUUUAAGUCAUGACACAACGUUCGAUUCGACUGUCAGCAUGGACCAAGUCUUGAACUCGCCCGGAAGCUCUCUGACUUCGCCUCCUGUGGAAAUCAUGCUCGAUGACGAUCUCUAUCCACAUGAUAGUUUCCCUUUCCCGUAG